AUGGUGCCAAACUCGGCUUAAGGAUAGAGACUUCCAUAUAAGGAUACUAUUACCAUCAGAUUUUCAGUUGAAAAAUGCAAGGAUACAAUGUAGCUGGCAUCUAAAAAGAGUAUUGCAUGGAUAUCACCAGAUUGUGAAACAGAGAUUGCAACACUGUUCUGAUCUGGUCACUUUUAUGGUGGAGCUUAAAACUAUUUUGGAAGCUGCUCUAAAGAAUGCACAAGAGCUGCAUGUACCCCCGCCUCCAGAAUACUACUCAUCUCUUGUCAGAGAUAUAGAAACAUUGGGUUGGGAUAAAGUCGUAUAUAUAGAUACUGGCCUUAAUACCAUCAAGCUAAAAGGAGAAGACUCUUGUGGCCGACAGCAUCUAAUCACACUGAAGUUAAAUGCAAAGUAUCCUGCAGAACCACCAGAUUGCUUUGUAGACUUCCCUGUUGAAUUUGCUGUGUCUUGGAUUCCACAGAGCUCCUUAAUAGACAUUUAUAGUCAAUUCUUGGCAGCAUUAGAAUCACUAAAAGAAUUCUGGAAUGCCAUGGAUGAAAUUGAUAAAAUGACUUGGGUACUUGAGCCAGAAAACCCCACGCGGAGUGCUACAAUGAGAAGAAUUGCAAUAGGAAACAAUGUCUCUGUAAACUUAGAGGUAGAUCCCAGACAUCCAACUACGCUUCCUGAGUGUUACUUUCUUGGAGCAGAUCAUGCGGUAAAUCCUUUGAGAACUAAGCUGAACAACAACAUGCACUUGUGGGAUCCUGAUAUCACCCUAAUACAAAAUUUGAAAGAUGUUUUAGAAACUGAUUUUCCAUCUCGUGCUAUGCUAGAAAAGACUGAGGAGGUAGUGUGGAGUGGAGUGCUGUUCACCAUUGGUUCAGCUCGCGAUGGAUGCAUUAGUGCUGGGCUGGGGAGUGCACAUUGGCAACUUGAGGACACAAGGAUUUCACUAUGGACUGUGGUAUCUGUUAUGCUUAUCGACUUGAUGGUGCUCUUCCAGACCAAGUGUGUAGCGAUUCCCGAUGUGGGCAACCUUUCCACCAGGCUUGCUUGUUUGAGUGGUUACAAGGUCUUCCUUCUAGCAGACAGAGUUUUAAUGUCAUCUUUGGUGAAUGUCCAUAUUGUAACAAGCCAAUCUCAGUGAAAAUGUCUAUGAAGAAACUUUGAAAAAAAACCGUAUACAACUCUGACCGAAUGACACUUCACGUAAACUUGAAGACAUUUUAAAUGGUGACAUCAAAGAAAACACAAUGCAAGGAAUAUUAAUAUCAGAAGUACAAGUAUGGCCAUACUGUAUCGAUACCUCUCUUCAGUAAAUGCAAGCUUUAAAGUUCUGGACACAGAAAAACUACUAAAAUCUCUACUACGUUCUUGCAAAGAUAGCGGAGAAUAUGUAAGCCUGUUUUGUUGUUGUUCCUUGUUAUCUUCCCAGUAAUCGGUUUGGGGACAGUGCCUGUGUAGUUGUCUUACGGGGUUUUCCUGCAAGGGGGAAAAAUAUACAAAUGUUUCCAGUGUUAAACUGAGCGGAAAUCUGAAUCAGAAUAACAAAGAUUAAAAUAUUCUGUUGCACUAAAUACCAAAGAACUACAAUGAAAGAACAAAUUCUGACAAGCUUUCAGCAAGCUUUCCGAGUAAUAUGCUGAGCUACUAGGAGUAGAGAUUUAAUGCCUCUAGGUUUUUCUGAACAUUCUGUCAGGCAGCUAGCAUUCAAAACUUGAUUAAACAUACAAAUGCAGCAGUGGUCCUAUCUACAAAUUAAUGUGUGUUUGGUUUUAUAAUGUAGGCUAAAGUCUUAUGGGAAAAAAUCAUGUUUAAUAGCAACAUCUAAAAUGUUCUAAUACCUUUAUCGUUGUCGUCAACAUUGAAAAUACAUAAACAUUUACAAUGUUAUUGCUAAUAAACUACUAUAUACGCAUUUUAAAA